UCUCCAGCCAGGCCCAGGCCUCUCCCCUCUCCCCUCUCCCCUUCUCCACCUCCUCCCCCUGCUUCCCCUGCCCCACUCUGGGCCUCCUGUGAGCCCGAUUUAACGGAAACUGUGGGCGGUGAGAAGUUCCUUGUGACACACUAAUCCCAACCUGCUGACUGGGCCACGCCUCCAGCAGAGGCAACCUCUAGAACUCCAGGACGUUCAGGUACCAGGUGGCCUCAAGGAGGAGCUGCUGACCUGGCAGGGAACCAAGACUCGGGUUAAAUCUCAGCCUGCAAGCAGAAGAGACAGAAUUCGAACCCAGGUUGGACAUCUAUCUGCACUGCAGCAGGUGGCCUCUUGGUGCUGACAGGAAGUGGCAACUUGGCCCUGACUUCUUUUCCUAGGGAAGGGGUCAUCGGGAGAAGCCAGGACAGAAGAAGCACAGCUCUUCUUUUUCCAAGGACUCAGCACCUUCCAGAGCCAACAUGUCAGAGGGGGUGGGCACGUUUCGCAUGGUCCCCGAAGAGGAACAGGAGCUCCGGGCCCAGCUGGAGCAGCUCACAACCAAGGACCAUGGGCCUGUCUUCGGCCAAUGCAGCCAGCUGCCCCGUCACACUUUGCAGAAGGCCAAGGACGAGCUGAAUGAGAGGGAGGAGACUCGGGAGGAGGCGGUGCGAGAGCUGCAGGAGAUGGUGCAGGCACAGGCGGCUACCGGGGAGGAGCUGGCCGUGGCCGUGGCGGAGAGGGUGCGGGAGAAGGACAGCGGCUUCUUCCUGCGCUUCGUCCGCGCGCGGAAGUUCAACGUGGGGCGCGCCUAUGAGCUGCUCAGAGGCUAUGUGAACUUCCGGCUGCAGUACCCCGAGCUCUUUGACAGCCUAUCCCCUGCGGCCGUCCGCUGCACCAUCGAGGCUGGCUACCCAGGUGUCCUCCCUAGUCGGGACAGAUAUGGCCGAGUGGUCAUGCUCUUCAACAUUGAGAACUGGCAAAGUCAAGAAAUCACCUUCGAUGAGAUCUUGCAGGCAUAUUGCUUCAUCCUGGAGAAGCUACUGGAGAAUGAGGAAACUCAAAUUAAUGGUUUCUGUAUCAUUGAGAACUUCAAGGGUUUCACCAUGCAGCAGGCUGCUGCGCUCCGGACUUCAGAUCUCAGGAAGAUGGUGGACAUGCUCCAGGAUUCCUUUCCAGCCCGGUUCAAAGCCAUCCACUUCAUCCACCAGCCAUGGUACUUCACCACAACCUACAAUGUGGUCAAGCCCUUCCUGAAGAGCAAGCUGCUUGAGAGGGUCUAUGUCCACGGGGAUGACCUCUCUGCCUUCUACCAGGAGAUUGAUGAGAACAUCCUGCCUGCUGACUUUGGGGGUACACUGCCCAAGUAUGAUGGCAAGGCCAUUGCCGAGCAGCUCUUUGGCCCCCAGGCCCAAGCUGAGAACACAGCCUUCUGAGGACACCUCCCACCUGCUGAACUGUAGUUAGCAUCCCUGGGCCUCUCAGCUUUCCUGGGCCCAGGCUAGGAAAGGGCUGCCUGAGGUGAUUGUGGUUCCCUUGAAGCUCCCGAAGCUUGAGUGAGCUCAGGUGUCACCCUCCUCCCAAGUUGGGGGGGCAAUAAAGGAGGAGGGAUUAUUAUGAACAAGAAGAAUUGGGGGGUAGUUAUGCCCUUGAAGCUUUAAGACAGUGAUUUUUGUGUGAGGUUGAAUUUCAAAGAUUAAUUAGUUUUCCCCAUCAUUUCCUUUGUAACAGAGUUUUGCGAUUUAUGGUUUGUGAAAACAGGCAAGGAGACUGGGUUACAAGUUCCUCUCCCCCACCCCCCAAAAUACAAUAAAACAGAUAAAAGAGGGAGAA